AUGCAUUUUAUUGUGUUGGUGGCGGCAGCAGUGCUCGUGCAACAAAGUGCAGCCGAAUCAGUCAAGUUGGAUGAGUACUACCUCAUGCCGCAGAUUUACGACUACGACGACUACGACCGGUGCGUGGCCGGAGCGGAGGAUGCCGUUUACUGCGUCGCUCGUUCCGUCAUCAAACCGGACCAAGACUCGAGCCUUUGGCGACUGAUCGAGCAUAUCACGAACGACACUAGGCGAAACUUUCGUCACGAUCACCUUGAUCGCGGAUUUUGUGUCGAUCGUUGCCGUCAGCUGGUGGACUCGUUGGAUCGGGAAACGGCGGAGGACCUGUUUGUGACUAAGUUCGACAUUUCUUUUCCGUACAUCAUCAGAUCCGAUGCCUUCAACAAUGUGACCGGAGAUCGUGAGCGGUACGGUCGGUUGAUUAACAUCUGCCAGAACUAUGCCCUUCGCCAGUACAAUCUGUCCGCGUACACCGAGAUCGAGUAUUGCACCGGACCACAGCGAACUACCCCGAUCGAUGGGCUGGACAUCAGCUUUCUCGUGAUUUCGGCCCUGAUCGUUGGGCUUGUGAUUGCCUCCACCUGGUACGACCACCACACCAGCAAGCAGCUUGGCAAUGAGCACUACAAGAAGGAUCUGCCAUGUCGAAAAACCAUGGUCCUGACGUCCUUUUCACUCGUGCGCAACUGGUAUCGGCUGGUGUCGCGAUCCAAGGACCAGCUAAACGAGGACCUUAAGUUCUUCCAGGCGAUCCGGUUCUUCACCUUCUGCCUGGUGGUUGUUGGCCACUGCGGGGAUCUCUUUACAGCCACAUCAUUCGCAAACACUUACGGCCGCGAGUCCGAGUAUUCCAACCCCCUUGCGCAUAUCCUGAUCAACGGGUCGCUGAUCGUGCAGUCGUUCUUCGAGAUGAGUGGUUUCCUGCUCAGCAUUCAUUUCUGCACCAACCAGGCGAAAAUGAAGAAGAUUAGCUGGGCGGCCAUCUUUGUCACUGUAGCCUAUCGCUAUAUCCGACUGACGCCUGCCUACGCAUUUAUCCUUCUGUUGCAUGCCACCUGGCUGCCCAAGCUUCAGGACGGACCCUUCUGGCCGCGUGGUGCCGAAGUCGAGCGGAAUCUUUGUCGACGCAACUGGUGGACGAAUUUGCUGUACGUCAACAACUACGUCAAUGCCGACGAACCGUGUCUCCAACAAGCCUGGUAUUUGGCAUGUGACUAUCAGCUGUUCACCGUUGGGUUGAUCAUUUUAGUAACGGUUACAAAGUACAAAAAGUAUGUCGUACACAUUUUUAGCGUUUCCGGUUUAAUUGCAAUACUGAUCCCGGCUCUAGUUGUUUAUUUCAAUCACUUUGAUGGUGUAUUCCUCGUAACACUACAAGCGGAACGUUUCAUUUACUGGUUCGAUGAGAUGUAUCAUAAAAUUUACAUACCGUUCCACACGAACAUCGGCUGCUACCUCGGAGGUGUGGUUUAUGGGUAUCUUUACUACCGUGUGCGUACAUCCGACAACAAAGGCAACCGGUCUGGGUUCCUUAAGUUCCUAUGGUACAUGACCGUCCCAUGCGCAAUGUUAACUUUAAUGCUCAGCAUGAUCUUCUACACGAACAACUUUGAGAAACCGUCGGUGUGGAUCGCAAUUUUCUUCCCGUUGCACAAGAACGCCUGGGCGCUGUUCGGCGCGAUCGUGCUGUACGGCAUCAUUUACAAUUACAAUCGAUUUGUAAAGAGUGUCGUUAACUUCCCACUGUUUGUUCCGUUGGGUCGAUUGACGUAUUGUGCCUACAUAAGUCACGUGUUCUUCCUGAAGAAUUUCUUCUACGGCUCGCGUGAAAUCGGUUACUUCAGUCAGGUAUCGAUGUACACAAAAGUCAUAUCAGUAAUAAUAGCGUCAUACAUUCUUGGUGCCAUAGUGGCCCUAACAUUGGAAUUCCCCAUUUCUGCGCUGCAAAAGCAUCUGUUGUCAAAACAACUUGAAAAAAUCUCCAAACCAGAACCACCGAAAGAGAACAACAACGUGAGCCCACCGUCAGCGUAA